AUGACGAUGCUAGUUAUUCUUCUUCUUCUUCCUCGUCUCACUCUUUCAGCUACUUCUUCAUAUUCUCUUCCGGAGAAGUAUUACGUCAACUGUGGGUCCGAUUCUGAUGUCAUCUACGGUGGUCGGACCUUCGUCGGAGAUAUGACCUCCGGUGGUAACUCCGUUUCCUUCACCAAAGAAGGAACUGAAACCAGCAGCAACCAAUCCGGAUCAUCCACUUCGCCGGGAAUCUAUCAGACGGUUAGGAUCUUCAGACGCACUUCUUCUUACAAAUUCCAGCUCGAUUCUGCUGGUCUACACUUUGUGCGUCUCCAUUUCUCUGCUCUCUCUUCUCCAACAGAGAUUUCAACUGCUCGUUUCACCGUCUCCGCUACUUCUGGUUCUAAUCACCACUUUAAAAGUUUCUCCGUCCAGAACUUGACUGAGACUCCACGGGUAGAGGAGUUUCUCCUCAUGAUUUCUUCGCCGGAAUUCGAAAUUCAGUUUGUCCCCGAUCCUUCCUCUGUAGCUCUCGUCAAUGCCAUCGAAGUGUUCUCUGCUCGUGACGACCUAGAUAUUUUGUCAAAGUUUGACAAGAAUCUGCAUACGGUUUACAGAUUAAACGUAGGAGGAAAGAAAAUCACACCGGAAAACGACACCUUGGGACGAACUUGGUCGCUAGACGAUGACUUUCUCUACCGAAAAGAUGCUGCGAGGAACAAUCAAACAGCACAAAAGCCUAACUACGAGUCAGGGUCAGUCUCAGCUACGGAAUAUACUGCUCCUGAUCCCGUCUACAAGACGACUAAAACGAUGAACCGUAGCUCGAGUGAAGGCGUGGGGUUGUUGAUGAAUGUCACAUGGUCACUUAAGGUCAAGAGCAACACUAGACACUUCGUCAGGACUCACUUCUGUGAUAUCUUGAGCAAAACACUAAACCCUGACUCCGAUUUCUACCUCUAUGUAAACGGGCAUUUGCGGAUAGAUGUAAAGCCUUCAGAGCGCGUAAGGUUGGUCACUCCGUUUUACAAAGAUGUCGUGGAUGUCUCUGAUGGUUCUGGACUCUUGAAUGUAAGCAUAGGUACUAAGGAGCUCCGUGUAGAUGCUGGUUUCUUGAAUGGUCUUGAGGUGAUGGAGUUUAUGGAAAAGUCUGCCUCUGUCUCUUCAAGUAAAAGUAGCUCCAUGGUUUACAUCAUUGGUGGUUGUGUAGCUGCUGGAUUGAUUCUGGUCUUGAGUUUGUUGUUCAUGGUUUUCUUGAAACGGAGGAGAUCCAAGAACAAGAAGAAGAAGGCAGACGCUGAGGUCACUGUGUGGUCUCCUUUGCCAUUGUACAGAGGUGGUGGUGGUGGUGGUAGUUCCGAUAACCGACCUUUCGAUCCGGUUAACAAUUCACCACUACGCAACCUACACUUAGGCUUGACGAUUCCCUUCGCGGACAUUCUUCGAGCUACAAACAGUUUCGACGAGCAGUGGCUGAUCGGGAGAGGAGGUUUCGGCGACGUCUACAGAGCGAUUCUACCAGAUGGAAGCAAAGCAGCUAUCAAGAGAGCCAAGACUGGUUCAGGUCAAGGGAUAUUAGAGUUUCAAACAGAGAUUCAAGUCUUGUCAAGAAUCCGUCACAGGCAUCUCGUUUCUCUAACGGGUUACUGCGAAGAGAACUCGGAGAUGAUCUUAGUCUACGAGUUUAUGGAGAAAGGUACGCUCAAGGAGCAUCUCUACGGCUCUGAUUUUCCUUCACUGACAUGGAAACAAAGACUAGAGAUUUGCAUCGGAGCAGCUAGAGGUUUACACUAUCUACACAGUGGCUCAGAAGGAGCAAUCAUUCACAGAGAUGUCAAAUCCACAAACAUACUACUAGACGAGAACAAUGUAGCUAAAGUUGCGGAUUUCGGGUUAUCGAAACUCGCGGUUCGCAAUAACCAGGAUCCGAUCAAUAUCAGCACUAACAUCAAAGGAACGUUCGGUUACCUCGAUCCUGAGUAUCUGCAGACGCACAUUUUGACGGAGAAAUCCGAUGUGUACGCCUUCGGUGUUGUUCUCCUCGAGGUCCUAUGCGCGAGACCGGCGCUCGAUCGGUAUCUCCCUCACGAGGAAGUGAAUCUAGCGGAGUGGGCGAUGUUCUGCAAAUCGAAAGGGGUAAUCGAUGAGAUCUUAGAUCCGAAAUUGAUCGGUCAGAUCGAGCCGAGCUCGUUGAGGAAGUUUAUGGAGAUCGUGGAGAAGUGUUUGAAGGAGUACGGCGAAGAGAGGCCGAGCAUGGCGGAUGUGAUUUGGGAUCUGGAAUAUGUGAUGCAGCUUCAGAUGACGCCGAUUCACAGAGAGCCUCAUGAAGAUAGCGACGCGACUUUCUCCGCCGGUGGUGGCGGAAGCUCGUUGGUGAUUCCGAGAUUGAUGGUGAGUGAUUCGUUUAGCACCAACUCGAUUGUGCAUAAGAGCAGCUAUGGAGAAGGUACUGGUACAGAUUCAUCGGAGACUCGAGUUUUCUCCCAAUUGAAGAUUUCUGAAGCCAGAUAA